CACCAGUUGGCGGAGAAAGACAGCGAAAAGAUAGUUGGCGUCACUUAAAGAUAUAAAUGUUAUGAUACUGAAAUUCUUCGUACAUUCAUCAUCUACGAAUGCUAGAAAAAUUUUUCCCACACCCACUAAGACGAACAUUGAGUAACAGUUGACCACCUUGAAAUACAGACAUACUACACAUACACAACGACGAUUGAAUAUAAGUAGAAAAUUCAAAAAAAUGCAGAGUUUUUCUUUGGGAAAAGGCCCCUCUAUGGUGUGGAGGAGGGGUCAGAGCUUUGGUGAGGGGGUUGAUGAAGGAAUCCUUUCCAUCGCCUGGCGGAAGUGGUACGGUCUAUGUCGAGCCGUCAGUAAUAACAAUGGUUAAGGCAUAGGACUAGGAGUUGUGUUUAUCUAGGACUUAGUCCUAAGGACUAGGAUCUUCUACUCCUUGUCCUUCUCCUCGUCUGUUUCUAGAAAAAGGAGAAAUAUUAUGCAUAACAAGUCUACAAGUUUUUUCAAAUAGAGGCUAUGAAUAUGAUGUAUCAACGAAAAACGAAAAUUCUUCUAAGAUGCGUUCGCGAUUAUCAUGACGCUUCUCACCGUGUACGCCCUUGUAGGAGAUGACAUCCGGUUGGCAUGCACAGAACGACAACACGACUAUUAUGACAAGUCUAGAAAAUUCAUUUCUGACUUUAUUUUGGCAUUAAUAUUUAUACUAGGUGGUUUGGUUUAGCAGGUAGCACAACUUAAUUUGGUUUAAUAGUUGUAGUGCUUUUAUUUCUUCUAGCAUUUAUCCCGUUCUGAUGCUUGCUUCUUCAAGAGUUAUGAUCUUCUAGUCACCACCCUUAUUUCACGUGAGUUGAAGCUGCAUCAUAGGGAUAGGCAUCGCAACAAAAAUCGCAAAAAAAAAUCUCCUACACCGCUAACAAUCCGUCUUCAAUGGACUGACCUACGCGUGCCUGGGGAUGUUUGCUUUGGAGGUCUUCGUUUACUCGUUCGGUAAACCGGACUACUACGGUGGAUUCUUCUUCUAAUAUGGCGAUAUGGAUCAGUUACACUUGUUGAGGUUCUACUUCUAUCUACUUGGUGGAGGAAACAGAGCGAGGUACAGCAGGGAUCAUACCCUGUCUUCCAUGUGGCAGGAUCAGGGGGGGACAAGAAUGAUGUCGUAGUUCGCGAAGAAUGUUGUUAUUUUUAGCAGACGCAAUUAUUCUUAUUGUACCGCUGUAACGGUAAAUAUUAAUUAGUCCUCUGGUGCUAGAGAUACUACUACUAGAGAAAAUUCUAUUCGAUAUAAUAAUCGGUUAUCGUCGAUUUCAUUCCAUCCUGGAUAUCCAAAAUCUACGAAAUCGUCGAUAAAACAUCCAGGAUGGAAAAAAGAGAAUUCCUUCUCUUCAUUCCAAAUUCUCUUUUUUCCAUCUAGGAAAAAAUUCCUUCUCUUCAUUCCACCCUGGACGUUUUAUCGACGAUGUCGUUGAUUUUGGAUAUCACAUGGGUCGCGGAAGAGCUGUUCACGUCGUCGGACGAAGAUGGAAGUGGUGGUGGCAGUGGUGGAGUUGCCAGAGUUGGACGUGCAAGUCGUGCAGGCACUAGGAUUUAAGGCAUGUUGCUGGGAGUCGGUAGUACGGGCGCUUACAACUGCCUACUAGAUGCGAUUACUAGACUCCUAGACUACAGUUCGCUCUACUGCUCUACUUGAACUCGCUCUCCGUGUUCUAAAUCCCGGGUCGCAUUGUUCGUGUGAUUCGUGUCAUACGCUUGGUGCGUAUUUUCAAGCUCUACAAGGCACAUUUGGAACGGAAACGGAAACAAGAGCGCGAACUAAACAACGCACUGCUGUCACCUGGUAAGUACUUAGAUGAUAGUGGAAAUUUGAAGAGUUUUUAGACCUACUCGAACUCGUGUCAUUCUCCUGGCUGUGAUUUCCUGAUCUGCAGGCUUCUUCUUGAUGUCUUUUUUUAGUAGCGACUUCAGGUUCAGCAGUAUUAUUUCUUACGACCAUUGGUAAAUGGUAGAUAAGUCGUGGUCAUCUUCUACUUCCCCAUCUACUUAAAAAGGCGAAAGACAAGUUUUCGCAGACGCGAAUGAGGAUGAAGAGGUUGAGGAGUCGAGGGUUGGCAAGAAGCUUUCAGAAAUGACAACCAUACGUGUCAUCAUGGUCGUACUUGUCAUGCUGGUGGCUGUGCCCAUGUUCCGAAGUGAUGGGUACUUGCUUGUGCUACAUUCAUAUUUAAUUUUGAUUAUUUCUUGAAGUGGUUAGUAGAUGUUUCAAUGUGUGCCGGUGGUGAAGAUUAGAUCAAAUGCCGAGUACAAAUUGUAAAACAGAUUGAUGAUGAUGUACUAGAUGUUGUAGUCAUCUUGUUCAGCAUACUGCAAUUGCGUUCUCUCUCUCCUCCUCCUCCUCCCUCCCCAGCCUCGUCGCCACAAAAGACAACUAUAUGGAUGCUGCAUCUUAUGCCGCUACGACAGUCUGGGACUCGUUUCGGGAGUACAUGAUUUCGCAUCGAAACAUCAGUGCUGCAGGUGGAUCAGCCACGGUGGACCAAAUCCGUAGGCGAGAUGCAGAGAGGCAUGCAUAUGUUAAGCCUUUGUGUUCGUAUUGCAAGAAAUUUGACGUUAUUAACUUUGUACCUAACGCGUCGCUGUGCUUCAGAUUCCGCCCCCUGGCCGUCUGUAGGUCUGUGGAUAACCGUCUACCCUUCUCCUAAUAAUAAUAAUAACUUUGAGAAGAUCAACGUACUUGUAGUUCUUGACGCAUUAUAUAACUACAAGAGAUCAAACACAAACAGCGUACUUGUAGUUCUUGAUCAUGCAUUUUAAACUACAACAAGAACACCGAGCACACUCUAAUCACCAAAGCAAACACUUGCAUUACAUAUACUACCAUAAUCCGCAUGGGGAAUACGAGGAUUCAGUGGACUCCAAGAACCCUCAUUCUGUGAAAGACACCAUCUUCUGGGUUGGCUUUCUCAACAGACCCCAAGACAAUGCGACGACGUUGGAGUACUUAUUUUGGUUUUUCAUAGAAAUAAUUGACUCCGGUUAUUUCUGCUUCCUGUAGCACGACGAGUUGUACUUGAAGAACCAGACCAGGUACUUGUACUUCUUGUGGUUCUUUUUAUAACCCCGCCUGCUUCUUCUGCAAAGAAUAUAUGCUCAACAACUCCUAUCGUCUUCAGGAUUGCCCAACAUGCAGUUCUAGGAGAUGUUUCGAAGUACAGCGAUCCUUAUUGGUCGAUCCCUUCUACUACCUGGGAUUCAAGAUACGCAAGAAGAGAGAAGUGGAGUAGCAGUAUUGUUUUCUUCAUUUUUUUUACAGUCAAUGUAUAUAGCAGGUGCUAGAUAUUAUCGUUAGGAGGAAAAUCUUAGGCAAGCUGUUGAAUACUAAAUUCGAAUCAUACAUCAUAGAUCCUGAUCACUCGUGUGUCGUGUCUCUCAAUACUUCAAUUUGUACGACGGUGUACGACAGGAUAAUGCGGCAGUUCUACUUCUACAGAUGCUUUGACCUCUUAACCAAGCAACUAACCAACCCUAUCCCUCCACAGAUGCCCUCGUCCACAAGGAGAAUUUGAUGGCAACCUGGGAUGAGGAGUGUAGUGAGUCGUUAGAUUUUCUGGUGCGUAAUUCCUUCGAACGAAAAAGAUACGGUGCGAGCAUCGCCUAUCCGCAGAAUAAAGGCUGUCCGAAAGUUACGGUGGACAAAUGAGUUGUGAUUGUCACCCCGUUAAUAUUUCAUCCCCUUUUUCCUUCGUCUAGGUCUGCUCUGUAAUUUAUAUGUAACUCCUAGUAGUUCAAGGAAGAGACCCUCCAGACCAGGACGAUCAGUGAACUGCACCUGCAGGUCACUGGAGGACGCAGGACGAGGAUGAAAAGCUAUGACAUACUAAGAAAGGUCUGCGACCAAACGAGGUUUCGUUAGUAGCCCCUGUUUUCGUUCCGAGUAUGCUGCAUGAAACGGUGCCAGAGUAAUGAUUCUUUUUGUGUCUUGGCAUUCAUCUUCAGGCACUGCUCUUUUUAUGAUCGUAAACACAACAAGUACGAGCAUUCUUCAGGCACUGGUCUUUUUAUGAUCGUAAACAUAACAACAACGACGCAACCUUGAAAAUGAAAAAAUAACAGCUUGGACAAAAUGGUUUUUAUCUGGUACUUCGAUUUGACGAAGUGGACCAGUUUGGAAGCGAUUUUCAACAUGUUCCAGACGCUUUUUGUGCUCUUAUGGUAUGCUAGAACUAGGAGAUCUUGUCCUCGCAGCGUUCGCCUCAACGUUUUCCCUGUCUAGUCGAUACAGUCCCUCCCCACUCCAACCCCAACUACCCUAAACCCUAAACCAAACCCUAAAACCUAAGCAGGAAAUAGGAGAAGUUGUCCGCUUCAGAAGUAAGUUUCAGGCUGUUACAGACCAAACGCUUCCUACAUAGUCCUCGAACUCUCUUCCUCCUUGUCGGUGGUAACGCUCUUUUCUCGCGUGACGCGAACCAACUAGUGCUCUAUCCGGUAGAGCGCAUGAUCACGCGUUUGGCGAAGAUCCGAAGCAAUCCCUUUGAAGCGAUCCGAAUGAGUGAAGAAGAGUUACGUCGUGAGGCAGAGGCAGCACGCGCGAACAAACUUGGAAAACCAAAUCAACCUGGGAAAUUAUGGAGUCCAUUGUUGUGGUGUCAGUGGAUCAUACUUCUACAUUCGAAAGUUCAAUAUCAAUACGCAUUUCUGUUUGUAUAUGUCCACCUCUAACGCAAACUAGCAAGAGCGUUUCCCUGAUGGAUCACCAGCAUGCCUUGAUGACGUCCACCGGAGGUAGCGGAGAUGCCCUGCUUCGAAAUACCAAUGUUAAGAUUCUUACUUCUGUCUUUCAAUUUCCUCAACAAAUUGAAAUCCGUCUGGAAGCAAGCAAGAAUCGAUUGAGUAGUUUCCAUAAAAUUGCAUAAAAUGUAAACCAGGCAGCAUUCGUCUGUACCCCCAGUGCCGCUUCUUCUAACACUCGCCUGUGUCAUUCUUACUUCGGUCUUUCAAUUAGUCGCUCCUAAAGGAUUCAAUAAAAUUGCAUACGCUUCUUCUAACACUCGCGUUGUGAAAUUGGGUACACUGCAAAGUACUUUUGGCACAUCGCGUAGUCUUAGCGGUGGACUGAGUACCUCGGUGGGAGAGCGGACUACAACUGGAGAGGAGAGUGCGACAGGUGCAGCUACAUCUUCUAAUCCAUCUACCAACAACGUCGGGACCUUAGCCGUAUCUCCAGGACCUGCGAGCAGUAUGAUGAGAGCGUUGCAUCGCCAGCGUCGUCAAAGUUUGGUGGCGAAGUUGAAACGCGUUCGAGAUCGAAUUAGGUCUUGGUGGUGGACAACCGAGAACAAAAACGCCAAGUUGAUGGAAACCGUGAUUCUGGAGAAAACAAUCAUCAAGCUGGGAGGGUUGUGUGCGCUUGGUAUUAUGAUUUUGAUCGUAGAAAUAUUUUUUUCGAAAUGUACUCAUACUCUUGCAAGACAUUGUUCUUAGUUGUAUGUCAUCGACUGGAAAUUAUUGCAAGCGCUUGUGUAGCAUACAUGCAAGAAAAUGCUUUUCUUCAACUUUAGAAUGCUAGUUGAAAAGGAGCAUGAUGUUCAUGAUCAAGAAUUUCUUCAACCACACCUCUCCAGCCUUCGGCGAAGCUGGUUCGGCUGUUAUUGGGCACAAUAUGAAGGAGUCGGAUACUACGAGUGCUAUCAACACUAUGGUUGACGGUACGUUUAUGGAUGCAGUUUUCGGAUUUUGCGAUAUAAGGAAUUUCACAGACGCAACCGAAAUUCUAGAAGAUGGCGUCAUGCUCUUCGUCAACCGAAUUUCAGAGAUCGUGCAUACACUGACAGAUCAACAUUGUGGUUAAGGCUGAUUUUUGUUGCAACACUACGCUUGAUGAUUCUUCUAAUUGAUUCUAGUUCGUCUGGGCAGAAUAAAAUUCAAGUGAUUUUUGCAGAGCGCUUCUUGUCCUUGGUGAUAACUCAUACAUGUGAUGAUGAUCUUACUCCUUGUUGAUUUAUGAUUUCUUCCUGCAAGCAGUAGCAGGAGUAAGACGAGGGUCGCAAAUGCGAUUCGUACUUGUGCUUGAGGACAAGAGAGGUAAACUACUUACUACGGUACAAGACCACUAAGACCGCUACUCUCUUCGUCUAAUCUCCUUCCCCAAACAAGAACAUCGGCGAUGCGUUUCUUCUAGUCUGGCGUCUAGGAAGAAUAUCCAAGGAUGAUCGCCACAAUGCUAGUGACUUGUCGGGAGACGUACACCAUUCAGGGAGAGUUCAACGGAUCGGAGAGCUGGCUACGAUGUGCUUCGUCAGAAUAAUCGCCGCUACAAACCGAUCACCCGUUUUAGCGACGUACCGAUUACACGAAGGUCUGCUUUCUCGAAUGGCGAACUAUCGCGUCAAAAUGGGAUUCGGUUUGCAUCUUAUGGACCUGUCUGUAUUCCCUUGUUCCUUCUACAGGGAUCCUCCGGGAAAGCCAGAGGCUUCACUAGAUAUAAGUAAUUUAUCUCAGGGACACUACCUAGGAAUUCGAAUACGAUGCACUUCUAGGGAUGUUAAAGCGCUUCUAACUCCCGUGGCUGGGCUAUCGAGGGUGCGAUCGGAAGUGAGUUCAAGGUAGACGCGAGCUAUCUAUCGCCGCACGUCAACCUUUCUGCGCAGUUAGAGGCAGCAACGAAGCAAUACGGAGUACCCUUGCUCAUAUCGGAAUAUGUUAUGAAAAGAGAACAUGACUAGUUCGACGAACAACGGAAUCCUUUGCCUUUCUUAGUGCGCAACAGAAAACUGUUUUGAACAUGAUACGAGUUGCGCACAAAUUUUCUUGAGCCUCCAGUUCUUGCGUCUAUAGUUUCCUUGCCACAAGAACUCUGAGUCUGAGACCCCGCCUGAGUUCAGAUUUUACAUCGGCAUCGUACCUUUGCACUUCCUCUAAUUUCUUCGCCACCACUUUGAGUACGAAAUUUAGGCGUGCUCUGCGUCGUGUCGACCGCGUAAUGGUUUCGGGGAUCAAGAACGCUUUUUACCUCUACACUUUGGAUUGUGACCCACUGGCUCUGUUAUGGCUGAGGUAAUUGAUGUAGCGCGCAAAUAACGCAUCCUCAAUUACAACUGCAAAAUCCUCUAACUCUCCGAGUGAUCGAGCCACCUUCGUCAUUCUUCGAGUCGGCGUCGCCAAAUAAGCGACGCACAGUAGCCUUGAGGCAACGAAGGGGAGGCGGGGGGGAAGCUCCUCCUCGUGGCUCCAGUGUUACCAGAGGCAGUCCUGGUGGCUCCGCACAAACCCGCUCACGAAGUCGCGGAGCGGGAGUGGCUGGGAAAUUAUGGAGUUAGUUUUGAUGUAAUUGAUCUCUAUCUCACGUUUGAAGUUAGAGAACAGAAGUUGAUAAGAAUACUAUAAGUUUUGAGCGAGCUACGAAGCUCAACUUACUUGUACUAGCGAUACGUGUUGGUAUCGUGAAGUUUUGAGCGAACGAAGCUCAACUUGUACUAGCGAUACGUGUUGGGGUUGGUAUCGUGAUCUUCUUCUUUUCUACUCUAUCUUCUACUUCUAAGCAUAGCUGGUCGACGGGUCAAUGCAGAGGGACAAGCGGAGAAGAAUUUGAAGGUCAGCACCUUCAAUGGCCAGAAACUGACAAAAAAAGACGAAUUCAAUAUGCGCAUGGCAAGGGAACAGUUAUGGAUCUUCUCUGAACCAUCUUCUUUACUAAUGAAUUCCCAUAAUUAAUAAUGAGGCGGCUUGGUCUCCUGCGCGGCCUAAACCAUGACUGAACCGACCACGACUGCUUCCAUUUAUCAUACACCACGACCGGGACCGUCUCCCCGUCCUUUUCCAUGGCCUACUCAUUCGAAGCAGAUAAAUCCCUUCAAGAUGUCCUAUGGUCUCGUCUUCUAAAAAACCGCAAAGAAAAAUUCCUAUUGGACGAAGACUUCGAUCCCUACGAAGAGUUUAGAAGCGACGUCGACAUACGAACGAUGACGGAGAAUUUCAGUAUUUCUAUUAUUUUGAGAUCCAGACAUUGUGUUGUAGUUUAUUCGCCGAAGAUUCUUUUUCUUCUGCCCGAGUAGGGACUCGUACACGUAUUUCCUGACAGAACUUUGUGGUUGAGAGAGCCUUGUUUCUGUUCCACUUGUCAAGCACAAACUUUUCGUUCCUCUCCAACCCCCCACCACCAGCCGCCGAAUUCCAUCAUCGAUUCGGUAUGGCUUUCGUGAAUUACGAGUCUGGCGAGUGGAGUGUGGCUAAGCAGAAACUGCAAGAGUUUCAACGAUAUGUCCCGGAGGCAGCGGUUGAAGAGGACAUUUCAUGGCUUUCCAGGAAACGACUUGCAGACGGAACGAUGACCGCGUCGCCCGUUAGACAGCCUGGCGCGCGCCACCACGCAGCGAUGGUGAAAAUUAAGAAUCGUGAUCUCCGUAUGGACUCUGAAUUCUAACAAUCUUUUGAGUCAACUAAAAUCAUCACCGUUGAAAUGGAUAACAAUAUAAUUUGAGCAGCAGGUAUUAUGUUUUUCCGUGCUCUAGUAGGUACCUCUGCUACUAGUACUUCCUCUAAGAACAACAAAAAAGCGAUCGGAGGCUCUUCAUCUACAACGUUGGAUGGACCAAGUCAAUGCUUGCUGAACUACAUGCAACAGUACGACUUCGAAGCUCCAUCAGAUUGGCCUGGCUACAGAACACUAUCGGGAGUGUAGGAACACUAUCGGGUCGAGUGUAGGGGAUACAGAACAUUGUCGGGCGUGUAGGGGAUACAGAACGGUAUCGGGAGUGUAAGGAGAUAACCAUAACGACAAGAAAGUGAAAAGUGAUCAUUAUGCUUUGUGUAGACAACAUUCCGUUCAUUGAAGAAGUCGCACAUUGAAGCAAAAAAAGUAGUAGAAAACAACGGCAGAAUUUGAAAUUAAAUCUCAAGAUUUCAUUUUCAUGAAAUCUCAUCAAAUUCAGAGUGGAAGUACUUGGUUGAAUCAGUUUUAGCACCAGUGUCCAAUCGUAAUCGUUCGUUGAUGGUUUCGUACUAGUUACAGCUCACAUUGUUAGAUUAGUAGUUUUGAUACUUUCGCGGGUCAACUGAGUUUUCAAGUAAAGGUUCAGAAGUAGUAAUUGUAAUUUUUCGCCUCCUGAUGUGGUUGAUAUAGGACGACAAGGUGACUACCGGGGGAGUAGGAAGAGUAGAAAAAGAGUGCCGAUGACUCUUCAGGGACGACGUUAGCAGUUCUAGUCAUUUUUCAUCGCAUAUCAAGUUGAAAUAAGUAAAAUAGAUUCACAUACACAUGAUGUAGCAGUAGCUCUUCGAGGUCAACAUUUUCAAUAUCCGUUCAGCAUGUUGCUAGUAAAAGUAAUCACUUACCAUGAAACAAAGUAGAAGGAGAACACCAGGUAUAAGUUUGAGUAGGCAUUCUGAUUUCGGUGUUGAUUUUGGGCUUCAACAUACUAUCGUUUUUCUGCUAGUCGUAGUCUCUGUCAGUCUCCCACUGAAUCGUUCUAUAAUACUUACUACAGAUAAAAUGUUCAACAUGUUGCCGCGACAUAGUGGUCGUCAGAUGAAAUAGAAUCACAACUUCUCUUCAGUCUUUGUUCUUACUACAUUUGGUGGAUUACUGCCUUCGCUUCUUGUUGCAUUUUUGUAGAAGAAUCAGCAGUCGUCACAGGUUUCGUUGUCCAUAAAAUGACUCAACAUCUUGUUCAUAAAUCGUGAUGUUGAAUAUUCAGCAUCAACAUGCUGAGGGCUUACUAUUAUACUACAUGAACAUGAAACAAGUAGAACCAUGAUGAUGAUAAUUUGUAGAAUACUCGCCAUCGCACAUCGAGGAAGUGCUGGAAAUGUUUCCUUCAGUACUUCUCAACAUAAGUAGAAAAGAAUACUCGGCAUUCACGACCUUCAAUUUAUGAUAUUGGUGUUUCAACUUGUUGGACGACGAAAUGAACACAAGUUUAUUACGUAUUUUGAUCGCAACCCAAUAC